CUGGGUUGAAUAAGUCGAGGAAACUGCUGCAUAUUCGUCAUUGUUCGAAUAAAAAAACACCAUAUGAACAUUAUUGGUGUUAAUGUGAAUGAGCAUGCAGUGCCAUUCAUCAUUUAGCCUAGACAGCGCGUUGUUACCCGACUCUACUUCAAACGCUACCAUUUAAAAUAAAAUAGACAGCUUUUACUGCAUCACAGUGAGUCGAUCAGAGUAGAAUACUCCGAAUGUAGUUUACUUUCAAAUGUUUGAUUCUAUGCUAAGUAUAAGCAUAUAAAAAAGACCAGUCGAUGAGCUCAACACUUGCGCAAUAAUAAAUGUAUACAUAGUAGGCUACUUUGUUUUGAAUGUGCUACUUUUACCAAGGCCAAAUGUGGUGCUUUAAAAAGGGUGACCUAAACUUCGAGGAAAGCACGCUACAUUUUAAAACACACCCACUGCCCAGACAAAACGACGCUUUUCGCAUGACCGAGUUCAUUUAAAUCUGCUGAGGAGGGAGAGGUCUUCUGCCUUUCCUCUGCAUUGAAAGCUGCUAUUUCUUCCGUUGCCUCAGAACAGGGCAGUCGCUUUUCGUUAGCCAGUUUGGCACCAACUGGGCAGAAGCGAAGAUACAUGCCAGUAUUGAAGAAAAUAUACGGUUUUCGUCACGAAGAUUAACGAAAAGAGGUUAGACUAAUUCCUACCACCGAACGCAAUCAAAUUCGCUUGAUGUGACUUUUGUGGAGGCAAAGUGAGAAGCUCGCUAGCCAGAGGGAAGCGAUUAAAACAAGAGUACGAGUCUGGGCUACUUGAUAAGUAAUUUCACAUUCAUUGAAGUAGUUUUCGACAUACCGGCAUCAUGACCCGAAGAUCCUGUGCCAUUUACGCUACUGGGAUUGUGUGCGCUCAUCUACUGAUUGUGGGUAUCGCCUUGGUCGUGGCACAAGUCUUCCAAACAAUGAUUCACUCUCGGUUAAAAAAGGAAUUGACUUUGACGGAGAAAAGCCAAGUAUUUGAGUCGUGGAAGAACCCUCCACCCCCGGUUUACAUGGAGUAUUACUUCUUCAAUGUCACCAAUCCAGAGGUUUUCCUAGCUGGUGGUAAAGCAGCUGUCACUCAAAUUGGACCAUACACGUACAGGGAAUACAGACCCAGGGAGAAUGUGACCUUCCUCGAAAACGGGACCAAGGUUUACGCCCUGAACCCCAAGAGCUUUGUUUUUGUUCCUGAGAAGUCUAAGGGAAACCCAGAGACGGACAUUCUGAGGACAGUGAACAUCCCAGUUGUGGCUGUCAUGAGUGAGCUCAAUUCCUACUCCUUCUUCCUCCGCACCCUGGUGUCCAUGUGGAUGAAAAGCAUCGGCGCGGACAUCUUCAUGACGCGCACCGUCCACGAGGUGCUGUGGGGGUUCAAGGACCCUCUGCUCAGCCGUCUCCACACCUUGAAACCUGAAGUGGACGACCACUUUGGCCUCAUGUGGAAGAAAAACGGAACCCAUGAAGGAGAGUUUGUGUUCCUAACUGGGGAGAAGGACUACAUGGAGUACGGGAGGAUAGACACAUGGAACGGCCUGAGAGAGAUGUCAUGGUGGUCAUCCAACCAGAGCAACAUGAUCAACGGGACAGACGGCAGUGUCUUCCAUCCACUGCUGUCCAGGAACGAGCUGCUCUACAUCUUUGCUGCUGACCUAUGCAGGUCUAUCCACCUGGCCUACGUGGAGGACGUGGAGGUGAAAGGCAUCCAGGCGUACCGCUUCGCGCCCCCCCAGGACGUGCUGCAGAGCCCCAAGGUCAACCCCGCCAACGAGGGCUUCUGCGUGCCUGCCGGGGACUGCCUUGACACCGGAGUGCUGAAAGUGAGCGUUUGCCGUGAAGGAGCACCUAUCGUUGUGUCCUUCCCUCACUUCUACCAAGCAGACCCCAAGUACAUCAAUGCUGUAGAAGGUCUGAACCCCAACAAGGAAGAGCAUGAGACCUACCUUGACCUUAAUCCGACCACUGGUAUCCCUAUUCGUGCCUGCAAGAGAGCCCAGCUCAACAUCAUCUUGAACAGAGUUGAAGGCUUUCCCGCAACCAAACACAUCAACCAGACCAUUUUCCCCAUCAUGUUCGUUAACGAGACGGCGACCAUCGAUGAUGACUCAGCGACUCAGAUGCGAACUCUGCUGCUGAUUGUGACGCUGGUGUCCAACUUCCCCCUGCUCAUCGUGGGCAUGGGGGCCAUCCUGCUGGUGGUCCUCGUCAUCUUGGUCUGCAGGAACCGCCAAAAGAAUGAAGUAAAACGUAUUGAUUUUAAUGAAGCUUUUCAUUCUUUUACUACGGCCAAAGACGAAACGGCCUACACUCAAGUCAGCGACAAGCCUGAGGAGCCGUCAGAAAACCACGCCAGCCAGCCCAUGAAGAACGGCUCUUACAUAGCCAUGUCUCCAGUGGAGGCCCAGAAGUGUUGAUGGACGCAGGGGUAGGGGGUGGGAGCAGAGGGCAGAGUACAGCACAGUCCAUGUUCAGCUGUCCUACAGGGCCUGAGGCGCAGGGUAGUGAUCACCUGAGGUGUCGACCGAGGGUCUUUCUAGAGAUCUUCAUUCCAUCCGUGUUUGGUGAGAUCGGGUCUCUGAAACGAAGACAACAGAUGUUUCGGUUGAGGGAAAUGGAAGUCCUCCUCCCUCUCCCCCAACUCUCUUCAGUGUGUGUGUGUGGGGCUCAGAGUAGAAAUGGUUUUGGUAACAAAACGGUGUACUUCCUUUUGUACAAAACAAGAACAAAAAAUGGACUGGGCCAAAUAGUUUAUAGAAUAUUUGCCUUUUUCUAAGAUGAAUCAGUGCACAUGCCUCACUCAUCUUAUCAAAUGUAAUUAGUGUGUGUGUGUGUGUGUGUGUGUGUGCGCGUGUGCAUGCUUGUCGUACACUGCUGUGGCCUGUUUUGAUGGACUACGGGCAACCAUUUCUUGAUGCAGGCACAGUAUGCUGUGACAACUGAAACUUCCUUUCCUUUUUUUUGUUUUUUUUCUCCAAUCACAGAUUUCCUAUAACACUAGUUUGAGACGUAGCCCUCCAAGUUAAGCAUUACUAGCUAGCUGCUGGGAUCGUUUAGGGUGGAACCUAUAGCCGGAUGUAGUUGUGCCAGAAGCUUUCAUCUUUCAGAGCAGAGGAAGGGAUAGCCUACGUACCCAAAAAACUUACAAGGGAGACUUGAACCUACUUUCUGCCUUACAAGCUUUUUUCUCUUUCUUUUUUUGUUUGUGUGUUGAUAAUGUAAAAAGCUGGAAAUCUUUGUCAUUGUAAAUAUUGUAAAGGGGAAAUAUCCAGCUACCUCUGACCAAAUCCAGCAAGAAGUCAAAGGUUUGCUGUCGAAACUUCAACUUGGAAACAUUUGUGGGACUACUUUGUGAGUCUGCACUGCUACUUAGAGAAAGCACAACUGGAUUGUUUGAAACCAGUCCUCCAACAAAGUUACCGACCUUUUCAUAUUACGAAGGUCUCCUGUCUGAAGCAGCCAUUGGUGCUGUGUAAUUAAGACGGCAGACAUUGUGUAGAUGCCAGUCGUGGCGCCCUCCGCCGUGGCCAACAGUCGUUUGGCUUGCCAAGGAGCCGAAGGCGUUCAGACGAACACGGCACUUGAAUCCCCGUUCGUCUUCUGUGUGAUGUCCCGUGUUUCUUUGUUGCGUUGGUCACCAGUCUGUCAUGUCAAACCUUUGGCGGUUGCCGCCAUAAACUGAAUUAAGGCCAUACUACUGUCAACUUGAAAAUUGUGAUCCCUGCACUUUUCCCUCCUCCCUCCCCUUUUUGAAAAGAGAAAUUGUGCCCUGUUUUAGUUUUCGGUCUUUUGUCCUGGGCAUUUGAUUCAAAAUGCUACGGUCCUCACAUGCAUUUCUUUGUGGUGGGUAUUUCAACACUGCCUUUGUUACUUGCUUUUCAGUACUUAAAGUAUUGUGGUUUUGGUAUGUUUUUAUAUUUUGAUUGCUGCUAAUAAUUUGCCAUAACGUAUGGACUUGUAUUUGUAUGGCUACCCAUGUGUGCUCUUGUUUUCUCAGUCCAAGAGUUGCUAGGUUUCUGUAAAGCAUCUUUGUGGAUAUGAAAAAAUACCUGAGCACCGAAUACAAUGCCCAUAGCUUGCUGCCAAGUACUGGAAUAAGCGGAUAACAAUAGAUAGCAACAUUAACCCCAAGUAUCAUAAUUAUUACCACUCGUCUUUUGUCAUACGCAAGAUGAUUUCAUGUUAUAUUGUUUGCGUUAUAAUAGGGUUAGUACUGGAAGCACUACUUGUUGCGUAUUCGCUGAAUGCCCUAGUAAACAAAUGAAGGAGAGCUGUCGAAGCAAACGUUAGAUUUGUGCCAUUAAGGAUCAUGCUGAUGUAUGUCUGUCUGACAAAUGAAUUCUUGGAAAUGCAAAUUCUAUUCGUAGAUAUAGGCUUUUAUGAGCUUGAAUCCUACAUGCAGGCAGUCAUGGCCAAAUGCAAACCUGCCGUGCUCCAUAUAAUCACAGUAUAUCUUUACCAUCCUUAUUGACUUGAAUUUCAAGACCUUAACCCGCAAGGUGUGUGUGUCUAAACAGGCGCACACCUGAGCCUGUUCCUACUUCUCCCUCUGACCCUUUGUGUCCAAUCAUUCAAGCCCAUUGGCUCUGUCGUGCUUGACCAAAGAACCUGUAUGGACCGGUCCCAGUGCCGUGUUUACGCUUCAAGAUUACGGUUGUGCCACCAGUGCGGCCUACUUUAAACAGUGCCAGGAUCCAAGUCUGGUGUCUGCACCAAUGGUUAUGAGGUGUGUGUGCUAUUCCCAACCAGGCAAAAA